AUGAAACAUUUUUUGUUUGCUAUAUUAUUUCUGUCGAUGAUAAUUACAAGUUUCGGUAAAUUGCUUCUCAAUUACGAAUGGAAAUACAUAGAUAUUCUCUGGGAUAAUCCACAACAAAAAGAAGAAGCAAUAUUCUUCGGCAAAUAUGAUCCUAAAGAAGGUUUUUUAUUCGAUGUAGAUAGGGCGGAUGUAUUCAUUACGGCGAUAAGAGACGAUAGCAUACCACUUGGUGUGAUGACAGUAACUGAGAAACAAGGAGAAGGUGGACCUCUUCUGCGUCCAUAUCCAGAUUGGUCUUGGUAUAAAGAUGAUUGUAAAGGAAUUACAGGUGGUGUUUAUCAAAUAGAAAUUAUAUGCAAUCAUUUAUUCGUUGUGGAUGGUGGAAGAAUUGGGGAGAACCAAUUAUGCUUACCGCAGUUACUAAUCUUCGAUUUAUCAACUGAUAAAUUGGUUAAACGUGUUAUUGUUCCAUUUAACAUUGCUCAUAAUAAAACUAACCACGGAUUGAUAUCUACAAUUGCUAUUUCUGACGCGGAUUGUCAAAAUGUGAAGGAUAAUGUGAUUGUAUUCAUGGGAGACGUGGAAGGGACUGGCUUAAUAAUAUAUAAUGGGUAUACUUCAAAGUUAUGCAGAGUCGAAUCUGAUUUUAUGAAACCGACUGAUGUUGAUGUUCUAGUAGCAAAUAAGCGAUAUCCUAUCACCGAUUCUACCUACGGCAUAACAACUAUUGGUGAAGAUUUAUACUAUGUUCCUUUCGUGGGAAGCAAAAUGUAUAAGACAAAAAUAUCGAACUUAAUAGAAUGUUCGCCAAAAGAUAUUAAUGAAGCUAAUAAAGAAACUCAAUUGGCGGGUGCAUUAGGAGGCCAAACACUUGCGAUAACAUCUAACAGAUGUGGAAUAUUUUUCAGCGAUAUUACAAAAACAUCUAUUAUGUGCGCGGAUGCAACUAAGGAAAUUAAUUCCAAAAACAAGGAGCUCGUUGCAUAUGAUCCAAAAAUGGAAUUUGUAAGCGGGAUGAAGAUUAGACAUGGUGAAUUAUUGGUCUUAUCAAAUAGAUAUCAAAUACACAUCUAUAAAUUAUUCUUUUAUAACAAUACAUUUAAUACCAACGAAGUAAACUUUCGUGUUUUCUCAAUGCCCAUUGCAGAGGUAGAAAAGCAUACAAAGUGCUUUUCUUCUUGCAAUUAA